AUGUCGAAAGUUGCAGCUGGUCACAAACUAGAUUUUGAAAUCCCUCCUCCAGAUGAGGAAGAACAAGCUCUAGCCAAGAUUGUAUUUGGUGACACUUCCGAUUUCCAUACAAAUUUAUCGAAUUUUGAUACUGAAUUCCUGUUUGAUGAACUGAAUCCAGAUGAUGGGAUUCAGGGUGACAUAGAUGGUGAUUUAGACGAGAACGAAGAAGAUGAAGUGAAUCUUGUUAAUGACGACGAAUUAUUCUUCGUAGAUGACGGUACGAAAGAAGAUGACGCUAAUGAAGAUCUCAUGGACAUCGAUGAGGAGGAUAGUUAUGAGAGCUCAGUGGAUAGUUCUGAUGAAGAUGAAAAUAGUGAUGCAUGGGAAGAUUCAGACGACGAAAAGUUGAGUAUUUCAGUAAUGGCAAGCAAUAAAACAAAAAAACUCAGAGAGAGUUACAAUGAUAGAAUGAUAAAUGGUAAAGCUUAUGCACGUCGUUUGAGAGCCCAAUUUGAAAAAAUUUACCCCAGACCAAAAUGGGUUGACGAUAUUUCCAGUGAUGAAAUAUCGUCUUCUUCUGAAGGUGAGAUUGAGGAUGAUAAAGAACAAGUAAUUAAUGGUGACGUUAGUGCUUUAUCAAAGAUACUAGCAAGCACAUAUACAUACAAAGAAGUUUCAAGCUCAAAAUUACUUCCGCCAAAGAUUUUAGAUAUCGUUCGUUUAAAAGAUGCAAAUUUUACUCAUCCAUCACAUUCUGGUAUCCAAUCACUUUCCUUUCAUCCAGAUAAGCCAUUAUUAUUGACCGGUGGUUAUGACAAGACGUUGAGAAUAUACCAUAUUGAUGGUAAAAAUAACCAUCUUGUUACAAGCUUGCACUUGAAAGGUACCCCAAUUCAAACAUGUACAUUUUACGUAUCUCCAUUAAACAAAGCAUCAAACUUACAAGACCAAAAAAUUUUCACAGGUGGUAGAAGACGUUAUAUGCAUUCGUGGAAUCUAGCAACAUCAAAUAUGGGUGACAAUAUUACUGGUACUGCUAAAAUUGAAAAAAUUUCAAGAUUGUACGGACAUGAGUCUACUCAAAGAUCUUUCGAAAAAUUUAAACUUGCACAUUUUCAUAACUUCACUACUUCCGAAUCACAUGGUAUCAUUCUUUUACAAGGUAACAGCGGUUGGAUCAAUGUUUUACACGCCACUACUAGUGUUUGGAUGAUGGGCUGUAAGAUAGAGGGAGAACUAGUGGAUUUCUGCAUAGAUUAUAACCAAUUGUCAAAUGGAAGAUUCCAAACUAUUCUGAUCGCUACGAAUACGUAUGGUGAGAUUUGGGAAUUCGAUUUAACGGAUAACGGUAAAAUAUUGAAGAGGUGGAAAGAUGAAGGUGGUAUUGGUAUCACAAGCUGUCAAGUUGGUGGUGGUACCAACACAGACCAUUUCUUUCCAAUGCAUUCCUCUCAAAAUAAGGUAAAAUCAAAUAGAUGGCUAGCGAUCGGUAGUGAAAGUGGGUUUGUCAAUGUUUACGAAAGAAGAAAUGGAUCUGUGAGCAACAAUAAACCGAUUGCAGUAUUAGAUCAAUUGACCACUACCAUAUCAUCAUUGAAGUUUUCGCCGGAUGGCCAGAUUUUAUGUGUUGCUUCAAGAGCGGCCAAGGACGCUUUAAGAUUGAUUCAUCUACCGUCAUGCACUGUUUUUUCAAAUUGGCCAACUAGUGGUACUCCAUUUGGUAAAGUCACAAGUGUUUCUUUCUCACCAAGUGGAGAAAUGCUCGCUGUAGGUAAUGAACAAGGGAAAGUCAGGUUAUGGAGGCUUAACCACUAUUAG